GAGCCUGCUUGGGAUUCUCUCUCUCGCCCUCUCUCUCUGCCCCUACCCUGCUCUCUCUGUUUCUCUCAAAAUAUAUAUACAUUUAAAAAAUGAAUACAAAAUAAAAUUAAUGCUUAAAAUAGUUAAGAAGACUAUGUAGUAAAUGGAAAACGUGUGUAAUGUGUAAUGUAGUAAAUGGAAAAUGUGUGUAAUGUUAAGUGGGAAUCGUGGGAUACAAAACCGUACGUUUUGCAAUGCUGUGAGUUUCCCUGUAAACGGGCAAUGAGAACAGAAGACAUCUGUGUCGUUGGGUUUUGUUGCUCAGCACCUUGGGGUACUUUCUGGUGGUGGUGGUGGUGAAGAUGCCCACCCGCGUCCACUACACCAGUCACCCCAUUCCGAGAUCUCCAGCCUGCUGGCCACCCCUUAUUGCAAACUUUGGGAAAAUGCCGGGAGAGCUGGCGCUUUCCUCCCCUCUCUCCAAUGAGCUGUCCACCAUGCUACUUUGGGCUACUCCCUCCCUCCCCCGUCCCAGUUUACCUCCAUCCCUGCAGAGAGGCGGCCUCUGUCCCCUUGGCCCAGAAGUCUCAGACUCUCCCGGGACGCCCCAGUUCAGAUUUCCCAAGUCUUCCCCCCACUCAUCCCUCAGCCCCCAGCCUUCUGAGACCACCGUGGUCCUCAGGCACCACACUGCACGGAGAAGAGCACUAAUGAGGCCCCGGGGCUUUGGAGGAAGCCAGACCCCUAAGUGGGCCCUGGGAAACCUAUUAAGUAACUCCUGUCUUUUCUUACUGAGAGAGUCCCUGGGAACAGAGGUGGAGAUCACGGGAGAAGUGGGGGAUUGAUGUGGUGCAGGAGGUCUGCUCCCCAUUCUCCGCAGAAUCCUUCCACAGUCCGCCGCUACUUUGUAAUUUGUAUCCACAGAGGAACUGCUAUUUGAGCUGGGCUGUGAAGAGCGAGUAGCUUUCCAGGUGGGGAAGGACUUUCUGAUACGGAACAGGUGCGCAAGGUCAGGGACAAGUGGGAGACGGCAGCAGGCCGCCGCGAGGCUUGUGGGGAAGGCGUGCGCGGGAGAUAGAGGGAUGAGGGCGCCCAUAAGGCUUGCGGGCUCUAUGUCGUGAUGGUCAGAACUGGCACCUCUCCCACCCAGGACGCUGGUCCCCUGCUCAGCCCAAACUCCGGCGUCACCGCUGGGAACCACGUCUGCCAGGUCCCGACAUGAGCCCCUGGCCUGGGUCAAACCGGACGGCUCCGCGGGAGUUCGUGAUCCUGGGUUUCUCCGGGUGGCCCCGGGGGCUGCGGCUGCUGCUCUUUGCCUUCCUGCUGCCACUCUACCUGGCCACGCUGGUGGGAAACCUGCUCAUCCUGGGCCUGGCCGUCGGGGACCCCGCCCUGCACACCCCCAUGUACUUCUUUCUGGGGGCGCUGUCGGCCGUGGAGGUGGCCUACACGCUGGUGCUGACUCCGCGCAUGCUCGCGGGCUUCCUGCUGCCCCCGGGGGGCCAGGCGGUGGCCCGCUCCACCUGUGCUGCCCAGAUGGGCCUCUUCGUGGCGCUGGGAGGCUCCGAGUGCCUGCUGCUGGCCGCCAUGGCGCUGGACCGCUACCUGGCCAUCUGCCGCCCUCUCUGCUACCCCCGGCUCAUGACCGCGGGGCGCUGCCGGUGCCUUCUCGCCUCCUGCUGCGUUGGGGGCUCUCUCCUGGCCUUGGGCCUCACCGUGGCCAUCUUCCAGCUGCCCUUCUGCCGGGGGGGCCUCGUCAACCACGUCUUCUGUGACCUCCCGGCCGUGUUGGUGCUGGCCUGUGGGGACCGGGACCUGCAGGAGAGGGUCCUGCUGGCCGCCUGCCUGCUGCUGCUGGUGCUGCCUCUGGUCCUGAUCCUGCUGUCCUACACCAGGGUGCUGGCGGUCAUCCUGGGAGUCGGGGGGGUGGCGGGCCGCCGCAAGGCCUUCAACACGGUGGCAUCGCAUCUCACCGUGGCCGUGCUCCACUAUGGCUGUGCCACGGCCAUGUACGCCCGACCCCUGAGCAGCCGCUCCCUCGAGGAGGACAAGCUGGUGUCGCUCGUCUACAUCAACCUCACGCCGUUGCUCUACCCUGCCAUCUACACGCUGCGCAACCGGGACGUGCAGGGUGCCCUGUGGCGGGUGGUCGGCGGCAGGACGUCAGGGAACGUCGUCCGGGCCGAGGUCAGCUAAUGCUGCGUGCCAGACGGCGUCUGGCCUGAGAUCUCCCCCAUCGAGGGGAACCUCACCAUCCCAGAGCCGUCUGUGGCUCCCCAAGACCUGCUGGACACAAACCCGAGCCCAGCGUCAUAAGGACUCCAAAAUCGGACUUGAGUCUAGUUCUUUGGCUGCUGCGGACGUCGCAAGCUGAACGGUUCUCGCUGGUGGCCGUGCACUGGAGAAUAUUCAGCAGCCACCCCUUGUCUCUACCCAGUAGAUGCCACUUGCACACACCCCCCCCCCCAGUUGAGAUCAUAAACAAUGUCAUUAGACAUUGCCAAAUGUCACCUGGGGGGAGGGCUCAA